CAAAGAUGGCGCGUCAGUCAGUCGUGGCACAGAGACGACUGACUGACUAAUUGACAGAUGAUUGAUGCCAUACAUAUGCACUACACUUGUGAGCACCUCAUCGUAGCCACCUCGUACUCCUGAGAUCUCCGUCGCCAUGAAUCGAGUACAUUCCUGGAUAGUUGUCUUUACGAUUGUUGCCUGCGUGGGGCUCCUGGAGGCCUCUAUCGGCGAGAGACCCUACAGGCCUGAAGGCGAUGAAAACGAUAAAAGAGGCCUCUUAGAAAAUACUUUGAAAAAAAGGCUGAAGUAUUUGUAUGGAAUUUCGCAAGCUGGUCCCAUCCAUUCAUUCCAAAGCAGUGGAACUGCAGGCUUAGGUAAUUCAAAAUGUGGCUGGCCGAUGACCUCGGUGACUUUCAAACCAUCCUAUCCAGUCACCUAUAGACCUAAUCACAAACAAGGCCGUGACUAUGAAUCUACCAACUUUAGGUAUCAUAAAAGGAAAUACAGACGGAGUCCUGGCGAAACUGUACAAUUCUGGACAUACAGUGUACGUGUACAUAGAAGAAGAUUCAUUUUUCAGACCGCAUUUAAUAGGUGGACCCUUAAAGACAAAGUAUAUCUUUGAGCAAAUGCAUUUCCACUGGGGGAAGCGAAGACAUUUGGGGAAGUGAA